AGUGCGCAGAGCAGAGCAGCUGUCUUUGUGUUGCUGGACUCCUCCCGUUGUGUGAUGAUGAAGUUCAGAUGCGCGCCUCUGUUCCGUCCGCGCGUCACCAGCAGCGCGCAGAGGAGCUUCCCAACGCGACGCGAGGAGGGGAGGCUGGAGAGAUGUGUGUGGAUCACGAAACAUGGGAGGCUUUCAAUGUGAUAUUACACGCAGCUAAUUGACGCUCUUCUACUUUUUUUUUUUACAGGAUAUGUUUCCACCCUUUGUGUGAGCAGCUGUGCUCUGGAGACAUCAGACAUCCAGCAGUCUUGUCUUCCUCCCCCAGUUGAGAAGCUUCCUCCUGGGCUGCGUGGACCGUAAAACCUCGGUACUCCUGGUUAUGUUGUAGUUCACUCUGGACGAAGCUUUUUUUUUUUUUGUUUGUAUCAUCCGGGAAAUGUUGGCAUGGCCGCCUCGAGAUCACGAAAGUGUGCGAAGAGUGAGAAGUUGGACGAGGCGCAGGCUUUGGCCAGGAGCUGCGCCGGGAGACCCGACUUCCUUCCUUGUGAUGGGCUCUCCAUCUGCGCGACGCACAGCCAUGGGAAGUGCUUCAAGCUGCACUGGUGCUGCCACUUGGGCUGGUGUCACUGCAAGUAUGUGUACCAGCCCAUGACCAAUGUGUGCCUAAUGCCCAGCACGACCGUGCCAACUGUUGGGGCAGAGUACAGUAACACCAUGGACCUGUCCGUUGCUCUGGCAGAGCGCUUCCUGAAGCUCGCCCCCUGCUUCCAGUCCCCACCUCACCUGGAGUCGCCCAAGUACUGCGUCAUCGCGGAUCUGUUUGUGGAUGACUACAUCGUCAAACGCAUCAACGGAAAGAUGUGCUACGUGCAGCGCCCCCCGCCUCCCUUACCAGAACCUCCUCAUCCUCCUACCCCUCCGCCACCUGCUCCCGCUACACCUCAGUUGCCCCAAAAGCCUCGGCAACCAGUGAAGCCCGCACCGCCGACCCAACAUGCACCUGCGCCUGUGCAGCCGGUCCAGCAGGUGUACAGUGAACACAAACAUCCUACCCCCGUGGAUAAGAUAAAAGGCCCCAAAAUGGACCACUGCUCAUCUCCGUCCAGCUCCGAGGACUCCGGCAUCAACGCGCUGGGUCUGCACUACCUGGAGUCCUGCGAGGAGGAGAGCGAGGAGGAGGAGGACGACGAGUUGAGCACAGAUGGGAACUCCAGCCCCGGCAGCCUCUGGGAUCAGGACGACUGUUCUCUUCUCUCCCCCUCCAAGUCAAUGAUAGAGAUCAUCGAAAAGAUCGAAACAACUGUGUGACUGACAUCGACAUGGACACCAGCUGUGAGGGAGCGUGAGGAGCAGAAUGAGGAUUUAUUCUACAUAGACCUAUAGGACCCCUCUUUGACGCUUCAGCAGGGCUUUGCUGGGUUGUUUAGUAUCAUUUGUUUUCCUGCAGGUGGCCGAGGACUGUACGUCUGCACUCACACACAGCCUCAGCACUCAGUCCACAUCCCCUGCAUGGAGUGAAUUUCUAGAACUUAUUACAAUACAGGAGAAAAGGCACAAGCACAAGAAUAUCAAGCACAUGCACAGUGGACCAAAUAGACCUCCAGUACUUUAGAACAAUUUAAAAUACAAAAGGAAAUCAAUAUUAGGUGCAUUUCCACCAGAGGAAAGUAAGAGAAAAACGUUCUCUUUAGGCAUAUAUUACUGGAGCUAAAUUCAAAGGUGUUAUAAGAAGGUUUCCUGAUGAUAAUGAGCAGUUAGGUAAUUCUUAGUGUUCUCCAGUCGUCAAUCUGGCAGUCAGAUUUUAUUCUAAUUCAACAUUUAAGUGGCAGAUAAGAGUGCCAUUUCUUCUUCUCUGGUCGACGGCUCCACCCACACGUAUUAGUGACACUUCAGCAUAAUAAUUACAAGGCCAGCUACCUCUCGUGGGCCUAAAGCACAUCAGCCUUUUAACCCGUUAACAACUCAGCGCCGAGCUGCUGGGACACACCUGCUUUUGUCACGUUACUAAAAAGAUUCCCGGCCCACAGUUUGUGUGCACUUUACUGACACCAACACGAUCAGUAGGUAAGUAGGUAGGUAGGUAGGUCAGUGUUCGACAAUCAAGGAUUACACAGAAGCACAUUCCUAUACUGUACUUGCCAGCGAGGCCCAAGGAUACUCUUAUAAAACCAUUUAUCAGACUUUAACACAUUCUUCUGACCACAUUUUUCCGGUCAAGCUGGACUGAACUGCAGUGCUGUUCAAGGUUAAAUGGGGCGUUAAGAAAAACAUGACUUGCGUUGACCUCUAUUAGCGGCCCAGAAAUGAAAUAGCAUGGACGUGUCUCUGGCGGAGCUACAGUGACAAAAGUAGGAGUCACGCUGUCAGUGCAGAAACUAGCAAGACACCUAGUGAAGAGGGGAUAUAUCUAAUAUAUAUAUACAUAUAAGCUUAUAUAACAAUAAAACUGCAUUGUUAUCUGCUUUUUGGGCUUGACGGUGAAAUGUCUUGUGAUGAUAACUGAGAGGGGAGUAUGGGAAAGGUGUGCAGGAUAGACUAGUAUGUCACAGUUAUGUUGUGCUAUGGGGCAGAAAAAUGUCACUUUAAAAGGAUUACAGUUUGGAAUAGGAUGCUGAGUAGGUGUUGUGAUGUUGUGAUGGACAUGAUGUUAUGAGAAAUGCACUCAAAUAUAAAAAUUUGUGAGACAGCCCCUUAUUAGUCAGUUAGUAAAAUGAAGAUGGGCUGGGUCUUUUUUUUUUAUGUUUAAAGAGUUAUUUCCUGGAAAGUUACCUGCAAAAAUCACUUAAAUAUUCACAAAUAUGUAUUGCUACAAUGAUACGCUAGAUGUAAAAUGUCAUUUUGCAUGACUGCAUUCAUUUGCAGAAGUCCCUCACGUCAAAAAACUAAUUUGUGAUUGUUCAAAAAGUGAGCAAAUCCUGUAUCUGUCAUUCAAUUAAGAAGUUUUUUUUAUUAUUCAGGGACAGCCCUUGACAUUACACUGAACACAGUCCUUCUUAAAGCAGUUUGAAACAUCUGUUAUGUUCUUAUUAUUGUUAUAUUAUUUUCAUAUGAAUAAAUCUUAAUGAAACUCA